AUGCACUUGACAAGCACACUGAUUUGCCUUCUUUUCGUCGGCUUGGGAAUCGAGCUACCCACACCAACAGCCGCUCAGUACUGGCGACCCGAACCGGGAGAUCCCGAUCCUGCCUAUUGGAAGGAUUACGAGUACGAUGAUGAUACGGAAUCAACUACGGAUUCAACUACAGGUUUAAGUACUGAUGAAAGUACUGAUUCAAGCACUGGUUUAAGCAAGGAAUUAACUACGGCUUUCGAAACGAUUUCAAGUACGGAUUCCAGUACGUAUUCAAGUACAGAUUUAAAUACGGAAUCAAGUACGGACUACAGUUGGACUUCAAGUACGGAUUCAAAUCCACACUUCCCACAAACAAUUGCAAAUGAUUGGAAAACAUAUCUAUGUUGGUUUUUUGUCAUUUUACUUUCUGGCAUUAUUGUAGUGCUGGUUAAAUUCAUGGUGCGCCGCAAAACGUCUUAUUCUGUCAAAGACCAGUGUGGAGCUCCUGAAUUAGGUACCGUUCAGUUUAAAAAGUAAUAUUCGUAUGCUGACUUUAAAUAUCAAAUAGAAACUGUUUAAAAGUUAGUCUUAUUAAAUUCCAGUAAUAU